AUGAAGCAGUUUGCGAUCCGUUCUUUUCUGCUGUACCGGUGCCUUUGUAUCGUCGGCUGCAUCACGGUGAAGGACGGCGCACCGCGGUCCUUUAACUUUCCCCAAGAAGGAGAAGCACCCGGCAAUGAUCUCCUCACGCGACAAGCCACGAACGUGAGCACCGGCAUUACGAGCGGCGUCCUGACGGGCACCGUUCCACUGCCAACGACGGGCGUUAUCGCUCCGAAUAUCGUUAAUACAGGCGGCCAAACGUGCAUCUGCGUCCCGACGGGGCGUUGCAACACAACGGGCACUUCAACGGGCACCGAUGGCGCUGGACAGCUGGACGUGAGAAUCGUAACCAACGCUGGGGCCGCACCUGUAAGCACCACCGCAACGACUACCACGACCACCGCAACCCCGAUCCCGAACAUCAAUGUGAAUAUUGUCUCACCGACGAGCUGUGCUACGGGCCUUGAACGGUGCUGUAUGGCCGGAGGCUACCAAUGCGGACUACAGUAUCCGCCGGUUGCGACGGCUCCGGCCGUUUUUGCCAACCAGGCCGCCUACGGUGAGUAUCCGUGGCAGGUGGUUCUUCUCGGCCCGGGCGAUGUGUACGUCGGGUCGGGCGUUUUGAUCGACAACCUGAACGUGCUGACGGCAGCCCACAAAAUUUCCGACUACACGUCCGGCGCCCGGGCAUUGAAGGUGCGUCUCGGAGAGUGGGACGCUGCGUCGACCACUGAAUCGCUGCCGGUGCAAGAUUUCACCGUCGCCCGAUACUUCGUGCACCCGAACUUCACGGUGGCCAACCUGCGGAACGACAUUGCCGUGCUGCGUCUCUCCACAGUGGUAAAUCUCGGUGUGACACCAACUAUCGCCACGGCUUGCCUGUCCACUGCAUCGUUCGUCGGAAACCGCUGUUGGGUUUCCGGCUGGGGUCGGAACGAUUUCACGAGCGGUGCAUACCAAGCGAUACCAAAAGAGGUCGAUGUGCCCAUAGUGGCCUCGGCCAACUGUCAGACGGCCUUGCGAACGACACGCCUAGGGCCGAACUUUGUGCUCGAUCCAACCAGCUUCCUGUGUGCAGGCGGGGAACAGGGUAAGGAUGCGUGCACGGGCGACGGUGGCUCACCGCUGGUGUGUGCCUCCAGUGGACGCUGGUACGUGGUGGGCCUGGUGGCCUGGGGUAUCGGGUGCGGCAGCAACGGUAUCCCGGGUGUGUACGUUAACGUUACUUCGUACAUUCCAUGGAUUACUACCAUCUUAGCAACGGUGUAA